ACUUGGAAGUCACUACCAGUUACGGAUAUCCAGAUCAUCAUGCGCUUUACUCUGCUCGCUAUCUUCCUCUUCGGAGUGAUCUUUGCCGUUGUAUCCGCCGGUGGAAAUGGCGGUGGGGGUGGAGGCCAAGGAGGCUGGCAGAAGAAUGGAGGAGGAGGUGGUGGUGGCCAAGGAGGCUGGCAGCAAGGAGGAGGAGGAGGAGGCGGUGGCCAGAAGCAUGGAGGCGGCGGAGGCGGCCAAGGAGGCUGGCAGAAGGGCGGUGGAGGCGGCGGCGGUGGCAAGCACGGAGGUGGAAAUGGCGGUGGUGGCAAGCAUGGAGGCGGCGGCGGUGGAGGUGGUGGUGGAAAGCAUGGAGGUGGCGGCUGGUAA